UGACUUUAUUACUAUCCAAAUACAUUUGUAAAUAAUGGACGAAUACCAGAAUCAGUUAUUCGCAGCUUCGCUUGCCGAAGACCCGAGAUUGCCUUAUGCUAUUAAUGUUAAAAAUGCAGCUCUGUUAUACGAGGUAUUUCAACGUGUUGGUGCGUUGGAUAUUCACUUCGGUCUUCAACAAGAUGUAAAUUAUUUUGAUUAUCCACUUUCCCAUCGUACACAUUCAGUGAAUAAAUCGGAUAAAGGAGGUCUAAAUGUUGAAUUAAGCAACCGCUAUAGUUCAUUAAAUAGCAAAUACCGUGGUGGUACUGUAAUUGAAGAGCCAGUGACCAAGAUAUUCUCGGUGGAUGAAAAGUUUAGAUCGAGACUUUUAGAUCGUGAGAAGUUAAUGUGUGGACCAAGUAGUGAGAGGCACAGUAAUGUUGUUGAACAGGAUAUUACCAAUGCAGAUGCUGGAGAUGAUGAUAUAAAUGAAGCGGACACUGUGGAUCAUCAUGUCGAGACAGUUACUGAAAAAGAACAAUUACUUAAUACGGUUGAAUGCAAAUCAAUAGAGAUAAAUAAACAGUUUUCCAACGGGAAAAGCGUAAGGUUUCCUUCUGUGGAAACAAAUGUGUCAGAGGCCAGUGUACAUUCGCCCAAUGCUCCUACUGUUAAGGAAUAUAAUUCACCUAGACAUACAACGAAACUAGAGGAAAGUCAAAUAAGCGUUAUCGACUCACCAGGAAACUCACUACCUGAAAAGAGCGACGAGUUAAUGUACGCGGAAUCAUUGCGCAUUAGUAAGUUAAACUGGGGAGGGCAUCAACCAACCGAAUCCUGGGAUGUACAACAGGGAACUGAUUGUCAAUUGAUGAAGCAAUGUGAGGACGUUACAAAGAACUGUUUACUCAGGGAAAAUGUUCCAACAAAACGUUUAAGGUUCGCCGUCUGGUUUGAAAGAUGGCUAUUACCAAAUAUUAAAGCAUCGGCAACCAUAUUGCGUGAUACAUUUCUUCAAUGUAGCGGUGGUGUUGAACAAUAUUUCACACCACUCAAAUUGGUUCGACCUAACAAAAAAUUUAAUCAAGUUUUCCUAUCCAGCCUGGAAUAUGCUAUUUUAAAAGAUGAUCUUACUAGAAGCUAUUUUUAUAUAACAGACGAUCACAAGGAACAUAUGAUGUUGCGUGAAUUAGAUGAUUUCCGAAGAUUUAACAUGAGGAAACGGAUAACAUUCGACGAGUUCUGCCGUCAUUUUCAUCCUUAUAUAUCUAGGAAUCCUGAAGACUAUAUGCGUAACAAAGACGUUGACACAGCUGACGAGGCCUUACAACGAAGAGCGUUGCAAAUAAUAUUGCAAAAGAAUCUUUAUGGUCUAUCGAUCGAAAAACCAAAUGAGUUCUUCAACAAGCAGUGUAUUUUAAAGCCAUUCCAAAUUCUUGAGCCUAUCCCCAAGAAAUGAUAAUGACUAGAUGUAUU